AUGGACCCGAUACCUGGGGAAUUUGAAAAUGUUGCCAAGCGCGCUUACCCCACGGGCUCUGGGGAAAUCUACACGAUAUGGACUACGGCGGCAUUAUGGAAUCUUUCUAGUGUUUGGUUUCAAAUAGUCUAUGUUCUUUAUUCAUUGACGCUUCCAGGUGGUGCCGAUGAAGGCGGCGGAGAUGAUUUUCAGCACGAGCUCGCCGAUGGCGGACGAGAUGUAGCCGUCCACGUAAAUGUACUCGCUCUUGCGGUACACGGCGAUGCGGAGGAGGGCCAUCCAGGCCAGGGCGAAACUCGGGCGGGAGGCGUACAGGGCAAACACGUUGCGGAAGACGAGAUGCUCGUACCCCUCCGUAUUGACGACGAGGAGGCUGGACGCGAGGUUGCCGAGGAGGAUGAGCCCCGUGGUGAAGAUCCAGGUCCACCAGACGCCGCUGCCGCCCUUUUUGCCGAGACACCCGCAGCUCGCCUUGUUGGCGAUGGGGCGGCACCCGGCGACGGUGAGGCCGAGGGCGAUGACGAGGGCGGUGACGCCAAAGGUGACGAGGGUAUCGUUGGCGGUGGGGCACGUGCCGACGUCGCUGGGCCCCAUCAUCCAUUCGAGGGGCACGGGGGCGGGUUGGAGGUAUCGUAG